UGUGAAAUCUGUAACUGUUUUGUAAUUGUUAUAAUCUUUCACACAAACCAAAAGUCUGGCGAUCAAUUUCAGAACGCUACAAGAAAGAAAUCGAACUGCGACCGCAUAAUUCAGAAUGGCUGACUCGUCAGAAAAUCAGGAGAAUGCAGGUUCAGAAAAUACAGGAAACACAGGCACUGCUGGAGGAGAAGCCCCACGACAGGGAAACCAGGUGUUGGCCCACAUGAUGGGGAACAAGGUGGAGGCUGCUCUUUGGUUCACCAGGAUCUUCACAGUCGUCUGCACCAUCCUCUACAUGCUGCCGUUCUUUGGUGGCAACCCAUACAGUUUUUAUCAGAGGGCUCUCAUCAGCAGCGCGGCAUCCAGUGCACUUCGGCUCCACCAGCGUAUUCCAACAGUCCAGUUCUCCCGAGAGUUCCUGGGACGGUUGUUCAUGGAAGACAGCUGCCACUACCUCCUCUUCUCCAUCAUCUUCAUCAAUAGUUUCCCCAUCACCAUGGCAUUAUGUCCAGUGUUCCUGUUUGCUCUGCUGCAUGCGUGUUCCUACACCAAGACAAUCCUCAAUCUCAUGGGACCAAAUUCAAUGCAGUUUUUGAGGAACAUGAUUGCCAAGCUGGAGGCUCAGCAGAUCAACAUUCUCCGCUUCAUCGCAUGUAACGAAAUUUUCCUCAUGCCAGCCAUCAUUCUCAUGAUCUUCAGUGGCAAAUCUAGCCUCAUCCUGCCAUUUGUGUACUACCGCUUCCUGUCGCUCAGAUACUCCUCCAGGAGAAACCCCUAUUGCAGGACCCUGUUCACAGAGCUGCGUAUGAUGGUGGAGUACGUGUCUAACAAGCCCCAGUGUCCCGGCUUCCUCCGCAACGUCUGCUACAAGGGCAUCGCUUUAGUCGGCCGUCUCGCACCAGCUACGGCCCCCGCUCAGUGAUCCGCGUGUGUGCUGUCGUCGUCAUGGUAAUCAAGGGUCAAUACUUGUAUCUAUGUGCACUGUACAGAUCUCAGUGAGAUUGUGAACUGAUUGGGCGUGUAAUUUACAGUGUUGUGCAAGGUGCUUUAUAUUAGAAAGGAAAUGAUACAAAGCCUUAAUUGGUCAAUUACCUACUCUGUGUGAGAUUACUGAUAGAACUCCUGGCACAAACAGUUUCUACUGUAGCUAAGUGGAGCUUUAAACUAAUAUGUGGUCAAACAUUUGCAUUAGUGAGAGUCAAACAUAAUUAUCUUGAACCUGGGGACUAUGACAUUCAGACAUUCAAGCUACAUCCGUGUCAUGCUGUUUGUCACAAGGACAGAGAUCGGUACUUUCUAUGUAGAUAUUGACCCAACUUUGAAAGAACGGAACAAUAGUAUGUACUCAAUCGGUAAUUCAUAAUAUUUACUUUAAGUAAUCAGUUUGGCUAAUUAUGGAAUAUUUGUCAUAUCAUUAUGACAAGACAAAUGGGACAUGACUUGUUUGGACUGACUGGAGAUCAACUUGUUCCUUGAUAGAUACAUGACACAUCGUGGACUAGUCAUUGCUUGAUAUAUUUUAUAUGAGAUAACGAAGUUUACGGUAUUGAUGUUUGACUGCAUAUUGAAACACUGUAGAAACACACCACAAACUGCAAUCUUUUCACUGAUAAUCUCCUUAUUUUUUUUUAAUGUUUAGCUGUUUCAAACUUUCACUUGUAUACUGUUCAUUCUGAUACGAAUGACCGCUACCAGUCCUGGGGUCGGUGGGGUAGCCUUGUGGAUAAAGCGUUUGCCCGUCACGCCACAGACCCAGGUCUGAUUGUCCACACGGGUACAGUGUGUGAAGCCUAAUACCGAUGUACACCGCUGAGAAAUUGCUGAAAUGUUACUGAAAGUGGCGUAAUACCAUACUCACUCACUCACACACUCCUACGACCAACAUGAACAGAUCUAUAUCUUCAGGAUUAUUUUGACAACAUGAACAGGUCCUGGACUACAUGCAUUUAUUGGUAGUGUUCUAUGAUGGCUACAGGAAGAAUGUAUCAGUGACAGAUUGCACUUAGAUUUUGUUGUUGUUUGUUGUUAUCAGCAAUGCUGUACAAAGUCAUUUCUUUGCCUGUCCUCAAGAGGCGUAACGAUACAAAUGUCACAACACCAAGAAAAAUGAAAUUAAAGUUUUACACAUUUCUUUUUCAAGUUUUAGCAUCCGUUAUGGAAUAUUUUCAUGAAAUAUUUGGGCAUUUUUGUAUUGAAGACUAUAAUAACUGAUAACAAUAUAAAACAGUUAUGAAAAUAUAAAUAAAUACUGUAAAAGGGUAAAGACAUCGUCUGUAUUGAGCAGAGAGUAAACAGUGGUCUAUGGCCCUGCAAUUCACUGUGUUUGGAGAGUUGUGUCCCUUAGUCUUGUUCGAUCUGCUGAUGAUGAGUUUCAUGCCCUGCUUGUGAUUCCUGGUUUGUUGUCACCCUGACAGGCUCAUUAGUUUCACCGAAGGGGUAAAUACAUAUGAAGUGGAUCACUUCAGGUUCUCCCCCACAACAUGCCUUGGUUUAAUUAAGGAACUGUUCAAAGUGACUCAAACUUAUCUCCCUAGUACCAAAUUCGAAAUUCAAAGACUUCACAUUUGGUAUUGUUUGUACAAUUAUCCAAACUUGUGGAGCCCUGUACCAAGGCUCUGUAUCAUGAUGCAAUAUUGUAUCAAUAGCUUUGUACCAUGAUACGAUACUGUAUCGCUACACCUCUCGUGAGACUUUUUGUGCCACCACUAACCACAUCAACAUCUACUGUUACAGAUACAUGUAGCUGCUCAUCCUUUCAAAAUAAAUUCUGCAGAUGAAGUGUACAGACCCAAUGUGCUUGGUUUUCGUGAAAUGUAAAAAUGUUUGUUCAAAGAUAUCCAAUAUUUAAUAUUUUUAAAUAUGUUAAAUAUUUAAUUUGUUUUUACACAUUGUUGCAAGAUAAUGUUUUCUUUUUUGCUUCACCCAUUCAUCUCAAGAGUAUAUUGAUGGCAUUUUGUCAUUCAUUCUCAGUAAACACAUCAGGAGCAAAUGUAUUAUUUUGUGAAAAAGAAAUAAUAUCCAUAGAUGAAAUGGAUUUAAGAAGUUGUACCACGUGUAACUUUGCCUUAAUACAUUAUUCAUUAAAUUGGAAUUUUAAUUUGUGUAAAGUGAAACUAAUGAUAUUUAACUUUUUUCCUGUAAGUAGUUUUGAUUCAAAAUCAAGUAAGGCACUUUUAAGGGUUUUGUAAAUGUAUAAUUUAUUAAUGAAUAGAAAAUUGAAAUUACAAGUUAGUAAUCUUAUCUUAUUGAUAAACAAUUUUUCAAACAAAGAUACACCCUGUAAAGUUUGUCAUGCAUAAUCACACUGUUUUGCCGAACAAGUUCCACUAUAAAUCGACUUUGGAGCAAUCAGUGUACACAUGAGAUACACAUUUGUUGAAUGUAUAGAAAGUUGAAGAGUUUGUUAAAACUUACUGUUGUGUGUGACUUUACAAGAUUGACCAGAAUUCAUAUUUACUCAGAGUGAAUGUUUUUCAUAUUUGUAUGAAAGCUCUCCGUGUAAAACUUGUAAUGUGUGGCAGUGAAAAAGAUCGGGGAAUACAUGUUAACUCCCUUUGUGUCUGUCUGUAGUCAUGUAGUUUGUAUGCAGAUUUUCCAUGUAUCUUACCUUUUCUUUACCUUUUCCUUGGUGCCUGUGGACCAUAUAUCUAGCAUUUCUUGAAAAUGUCACUUGCAUUUUUAAUCCUUGAAAUAAUCCUAAUCCAUAAUAAUCCAUGGCCAUCUUUUGAAUUUUUGUUCCCUGAAAGGAUUAUCCUACAUAAUGAGAUGUUCGUAUGUAAAGAUCUAUAUUUAUUUUGUUAAAUCCAGCCUUUUAAAGCAUCGUGUGAAUCCCAUUCUUGACUCGUAGGGCGACUAUUUGGCCCCAAAUAGUCAUGAAGCAUCCAUUGAUACAUUUGUCCAUUUAAUAGUAUAUCCACCUAGGCAUCUCAUUCUACAUGUUCACUGUAAGGCCUUUUUUUUAGUUUUUGAAAUAUAUUUUUUAUUUGGUUUAUGAGACUGACCAACCGAAAAAAACAAAGUAGAAAAAUGUUUUUAAUGCCUUUUGACAACAAAAUAAUCUGGCACUCUGUUUGACAAUUAGGAGAAAUUAAAAAAGACAAACAAGAUUUAACACUGCUGUUUGUAAAAAAUGGUGAAUAAUUCAUUUAGAAAUGUAUUUUGUUGGGUAAAAAGAAACCCUUUUCUUUCUGUAUCGAUUCACCAGCAUUCUUUCUUUAUAGUGCGACAUACAAGUUUGUUGAAGUUGAAUUGUUUUUCCUGACCAUCUACAAAAAACAUCUUCCAGAGGCAAGAGAGUUAACUGAGUUUAAAAGGUCAGUUUCCCCCCUCACCAAACUUGUCUGGAGUUCCUGGGCUCAAUCGUAGCGCCACCAGUGGCUAUCAUGAGUUAUGUCCCUUCUAAGCCUUUCCUAUGGACCGCUCAGAUUCCACCUCUCAUAUCACUUGCAUUGGUUUCAAACAAAAUGGUGGCACCCAGUCAAGACAAUCUGAUGGAUAAUCAAGAUCUACAUCGCAAAAUGCAUUAGAUUGCUUGAGCACCUUCAUUAAAGCAUGAAAAGAGUUAGAAAAUAUCUGUUGACAACAAGUUGGCGGUCACAUGCUUUGCAAAUCCUGCAAUCGACCAAAAUCUGCACGACAGUUUACGAACCUGAUUUCAAUUUCGUUGCGGGAUUUUGAUUGGGCAAUGCAUAGACUCGUUAAUCCAGCCAAAUUCUAACUCCAUAAUACCAACCCAGUUCAGCAAGGGUGGAAACUGGACUUUUAUAGUCAGUUAACUCUCUUGCCUCGGGGAGAUGGCAACAAAAGGCCUGAAGAUGAAUUAUGUAUGUGACCAGUGUGUGUAUUGCCCUGUAUCUAUAAGCUGUGUUUUAUCUGCUGUAAGAAGAUCUCAUGCUGCUAGUUGCUGUUGUUCUUGUUGGUAUGGAGCUGUUAACAUGCAGGUGUGGAUACCAGGUAGAUAUAUAUGUCAGAAUUUCAAGUUCCUUGUUAAUUUUAUAUGCCUGUCUAAUUACAAAGGGAGGACUUAUUCAGAGGCUUCAAGAGUAUGAAAUCACGAAGCUUGAUGCCACUGCAAGAUAACAUCAAAACAGACACAUAGAAGUAACUCCCAAGCCAUUCUAUAAAUGAAAAGUUGCAUGUUGGUCAUGUAUAUAAGUUUAUUGUCUUUUUAUGAAGGUAUGUCAAUGAUUAAGCUCUUUACAGAUAAUCAUUAUUAAAACAAACCCGUUUCUUUGUAGUAAAGUAAGGUAGAAUAUAUCUCCGUUGCUUUUUGCCUUCUGUAAUUUCAGAUCGCUCUUGUAUUUUUCGGUCUAUUUUCAUGGUCAAAAGUUUACAUAUGUGUCUGUUACAUUGCUGAAUUAACUUCUAUUAAAAAUUAGCCCUAGAUUUCAGAUAGUGUAUUUUGCUAAAGAAACUAAUAAUUAUUUCUGAAUAUUAUACAAUUGUUCAUUUAUCAACCCUGAAUGGCUGGUUGUUAUUUGUUCCUGAGUGAUGACAAAGGCAGAUAACUUUGAAAAACCGAUGAAUAAAAACUAAAUCUCAACGCUGUGCUGGUCUGAAAUAUUUUUUAAUAUAGAUAAUUACACCCAAUCUUAUAGUUUAGUCUGUAUUGUCUGGAUUAACAUUUGUGUACAACUGGUUGGAUAUCAUCAGUUUGUGAUAAUAGUUCAAUAAUAUGGAUAUUGUGUCAACACAGGGCUCUACAAUACUGAUUGUGAGGAUAUGUUUAUCAAUAAAAUGGAUUCCAAACAAA